AUGUGUGAUUUGGGGUAUGAUAAAGGCGUCUCAGACAACAUGGCCAAGGCGCUCUCAUUUUACAGCCCUUCGGCCUUGGUGGAGGCUUCUCGAGAGAGUUUGCUGGGUGCGCUGCAACAGACAUUCCCAGAUGAUGCACAGCGGAUGAUCAUGGCCCAAAGCCUUUAUGACCGCAUUCAGAAGGGCAUUACCCAACCACAACCCGUUCAGAGCGAUGUUCCCGAGAAUGUCAAGGCCUUCGCACGAGCUUUGGAUGAUGCAGAGCUGGAAGGGCAAAUUCUCAGAACGGAAACGGGCAGUUUCAAGUUGCAAAACGUUUCUGAAAUUUGGGACGAGAAGCAGUUCUACGUUGAGCUUAAAGACUUCCCAGUUUUUCUGCACCAGAGGGACAUCAUCCAUCUGUUUCAGAAGGGCAAAGAGCCCAAAGAGGUGGAUGUCAAGACUUUGAGGUCAGCGCCUGCACAAGCUUUGUAUAUCAUGGAUGCCGACAUUGAUGUGGAACAUGGGGUCUUUUGCCAGUCUUUGUGGAUUACCUCUGCGCGGAGGCCGGAGACAGCGGCUUUCAACACCGAACAUUUUAAGAAGGCCGAGCGCUUUUCUGGGCAGUGCUUUAUGCCACCAUGGACGUUGACGGAGAUGCUGAGUGCAGAGGUCAUGGCCUUACACAAGCUGAAUGAGGAGGUUGUCAAGGAACGCUUCGGCAUCUUUGGUGGCACUGCGAGGCUUGUUUUGGAGAGGGACGAGACAAGGGCAGAGAAUGACAAGGAGAGGCUCGUUGAGGCCGUGCAGUCAGCAGAUGCGCUGCAAUCCCUGAAAGUAUCGUCUGACAUGAAAGCCAUAAGCAAGACGACGCAUUUGCUGGUGAAGAUGCACCCAAAGCGGGAGUUCAGCUGGUUUGAUGUGCAGUUGUCGUCUCCCUAUGUUCGGCAAGAGCUGGUGAAGCAAAAUAGACAGGACAACUCCGAAGAACUUUGGAAAAGGAUGCGGAAAGGAAUUAUUACUGGCAUCGGUUUUGCAUUGUUUGAGGAAGAGUUCCACCAGUUCAUGCAGGACAAGUCCAUCGGCAAGUUCAAGCUCCGAGCCAGAUGCUUGACAGCUGAGGGGAAGGGGUCUGAUACAACACAGGAACUCCAAGGUGGUCUUGAAGGAGUGCUGAUUUCGGGCAAUCCCGCAGCAGACAUCAAGGAUGGCGAAUACUACCAGCCGCAGAGCAAAAACUUUCCUGCCUUUGACUCAUGGACCUCACAGGGCGUUUUUCAGCUGACGAUUGCCGAUACACAUGACAUCACCUUCAAUGACAGUGGCAAGGCAAUGGACGUGACGAAGACGCAGGCGUCUAAGAUUGUGGAUGCACUUUGCAAGAAGCAUGACAGCAAAGCCAAAUUCUUCUUUGUCGUUCCGCAGUUUCAGUUUGAUAAGUGGAAGACUGUGCAGACAGUGAAACAGCCAGAGAUGGCUGAGAAGAUUGAGCAAUGGGUCGUGUGCUUUGAACAGCGCCUGCCGCAAAAGCCAGGCCUGCGACAUUUGUGGCUGGAAAUGCUUUGGGGUGAUAGGCCCAUGUGUUCGCUGCAAACGGGGCUCUGGGCCUUGAUCGUUUUUACCGUCCUGGUGCGGGGCCUUGAUGUGUCGCCUGGGGUUGGUGGCUUCCUAUACCUGCAACACCAGCGACUUGCAGAGGAAUCCGCACCCAAUGGCCAGGCGGCCUUGUCUGCCGCCGCGGCGGCCGUGAUCAAUGUGGCCUCGGAGGCCAAAGAGGAGUCCCCGGCGCCAGAGGAAGGUGGCAAAAGCUCUGCCCGGGAACUGAGUUUCGGUGAGUUUCGGGUGAACGACCUGCGCGCAGAGAUUUCGGCCUUGAAAGACUUGGUGGGGCCCUUCGAUGUCGGUCACGACUGGGGAUAA